AUGUAGCACCAGAAAAUGGCUGCGCCCUGUGGAAGGAUGGCGAGUCGGCCUCUCUUCCAGUUGCUCUCUUGUUUUAACAGGACGGCGGUCGGGAACGCGGGGAUCCGUCAGUUUUCCACUGCUUCUGUUUGUCGAGCGACUUUACAGGCCAAAAGUGUGACGGAAAGAGCGAGUUCUCCGUGGACUCUGAUGGCCGCCGUGUGUCUGCAGAGGCUGCCGGUGAUUUCAGCGGACUGCAAUCCUAUAGAGCAGCAGUUCAAAGACAUGAUACUCCAGAUGGAGCUGGAGAAAAGCGUGCUGUCGGACCACGAGCUGCAGCUGCUGGAGGAUGCUGAGAGGAUGAGGCGUAAGCAGGCAGACGACUAUGACUCAGAUGAAGAGGAGGGCCGCGACGGGCAGGAGAUCAUGUUGGCUCAGGACUUAGAAGAUGCCUGGGAGCAGAAGUUGAAGAGCUUCCAACCAGCACCGAGGGCCAGAGCCGACGUAGAUAAGGACCUGACCUCAGCACAGCGCUGCCUGGCCGAAACGCUGGUUCUGUUAGCUGAGCAGCAGGUGGGUAAGGAGAAGCUGUGGCUGCUGCCUCAGACUCAGUGGCAGGAGGGAGAAACGCUGCGACAGACGGCUGAGAGAGCCCUCGACUCCCUGCCAGCUGGUUACAAGGCGACUUUUCUCGGCAACGCCCCCUGCGGAGUGUACAAGUACAAACUGCCUAAAGCCAUUCGGACAGAGAACACAGUCGGGACAAAGGUGUUCUUCUUCAAAGCCAUUCUGUCAGACAGCGCUCCUCCCAAAGCCCCAAAGGCUCCUUUGCUGUGGUUGACGAAGAGUGAGCUACAGCGAUACCUGAAGCCAGCGUACAUGAUGAAGGUCGACCGUUUCGUCCUCGGUGUGUGACACCUAAACUCACACAAGGGACGCUGACUUACAGAACAAUAUUUAUGAGGCCCAGAAAGUUACCUUUGGUGCUUAUCUGUCAUAUUCUAUCAUAAAAUGUCAUUCAUUGAGAUAUGUAUGUUUCAUUAUAUAAAUAAAUUGUUUUUCCAUUCA